GGCUUCUGGCGCUCCUCGCAGGGCCUCGCAGGUGGCUCCGACUUGGGGACAAACCUGCGUGCUAGAACCGUAGAACCGCUCUUACCAGGCACACCACGGCCUCUCCCAGAGGUACAGUGAACACAGUGUUGUGUUCCAGUCUCCAGCCUCUGAACCUUCUGGGAAAUGUAGUCCAGUCAGAAAAGUGGAAGCCGUGCCAGUGUCUACUGUUUUCCAUUGAUCCUGAGCCCCUGCUCUGCGGAGCCGGGGAGACCUCUGGGAGCCCAAGGAAAGCGCAGGCGCAGACUUCCGGGCUCGCCAUCGUAGUCUUUGUUUGCUGGAACUGCACUUUUCUUAUCCUUUAAAACCUGACAGUCCUAAAGACUCAGUCUGAAAUCUGGGAUGCUGCUUUGAUCCUCAACAAUAACUUCCAGUUCCUUUUUUUGUCACAUAACAGUUAUGUGAAGAGACCUGGGAAGUUUAUAAAUAAAGACACAUCAUGAAAGACUUAUGAGUUAAGUCUCAUCCUUCUUCAUGAAAAUACAGCUAAGGAAGUACUCAGAAAACAUAGGAAACAGAAAAUUGUUUCCUCUGGUCACAGACAUUGAUUCUUAAGAUAUGCCUGUUUUGCCUAACCUCAGAAUAAACAAUGUGGAAAGAUUUCCAUCAUAAAUUCAACUUGCUUAGAUAUCUGAGAAUUGAUAUUGGAGAGAAACCAUAUGAAUUUAGUGAAUGGAAAAGCUUUCAUCUACGUGACACAUCAAGAGAUACUAAAGAAGUCUUAUUGGAAAAAAUAUCUUCAUGGUAACUAUAUUGAAGAGCCGUCAGACUGAAUCUCCUUCACUAUAAUCAAAUUCACAUUAGAGAGAAACCUUAUGAGUGUAAUAAAUGUGAAAAAUUCUUUAGCCUGAAGCAAAACCUCAUAGAGCAUAAGAAAAUGCACCCAAGAGAGAAAUCGCAUGAAUGUCACGAAUGUGGUAAAGUAUUCUCUCAAGUCUCAUCUCUUACUUUACAUUUGAGAAGUCAUACAAGAAAGAAACUAUAUAAAUGCAGUAAAUGUGAAAAGGCCUUUAGACAGAAGAGAAACUUCCUUUCUCAUCAGAAACAUCAUACUGAAGAGAAACCUUAUGAAAAUGGAGGAGCUUCUAUACAGAUGCCAGGUCUUAUUAAACACCAGAGAGGACAUUCUCAAAACAAAUCACAUGCAUGUAAGGAGUGCGGGAAAGCCUUCAAUGCCAAAUCAUAUCUCAUUGAGCAUGAGAAAAUUCAUACUGGGGAGAAACCAUUUAUAUGUGAUCAAUGUGGAAGGGACUUUAGCCAGAAACAAUACCUCAUUAAACAUCAGAAUAUUCAUAGUGGAAAGAAACCCUUUAAAUGUAAUGAGUGUGGAAAAGCUUUUAGCCAGAAGGAAAACCUCAUUAUCCAUCAAAGAAUACAUACUGGAGAGAAACCUUAUGAAUGUAAAGGGUGUGGGAAAGCUUUCAUCCAGAAAUCAAGCCUCAUUAGACACCAGAGAAGUCAUACAGGAGAGAAACCCUAUGUAUGUAAAGAAUGUGGGAAAGCCUUCAGUGGUAAAUCCAAUCUCACUGAGCAUGAGAAAAUUCAUAUUGGAGAAAAACCCUAUAAAUGUAAUGAAUGUGGAACAAUCUUUAGGCAGAAGCAAUACCUCAUUAAACAUCACAAUAUUCAUACAGGAGAGAAACCCUAUGAAUGUAAUAAAUGUGGAAAAGCCUUCUCUCGAAUUACAUCACUUAUUGUACACGUGAGAAUCCACACAGGCGAUAAACCUUAUGAAUGUAAAGUAUGUGGGAAAGCAUUCUGUCAAAGCUCAUCUCUUACUGUGCAUAUGAGAAGCCAUACAGGUGAGAAGCCCUAUGGUUGUAAUGAAUGUGGAAAAGCCUUCUCUCAGUUCUCAACUCUUGCUCUACAUAUGAGAAUUCAUACUGGAGAAAAGCCUUAUCAGUGUAGUGAAUGUGGGAAAGCUUUUAGCCAGAAGUCACACAAUAUUAGACACCAGAGAAUUCAUACUCAUUAAAAUUCUAUGAAUGCCCUGAACUUAGAAAAUCUUCAACAGAAUUCAUAUUUGUAGUAUAUCAGAAAAUCCAUCUUACACUAAAGUGACAUGAACAUGGAAAAUCCUUCAGCACUCAAAAUACUGAAAUUUUAAAUAAAAAAUAUAGUGUUAUAAAAACUUAUACUUCCAGAGACAACACAAUAAACAUUGUUAAUGCUGUACUUCUUAGUAGCAUUCUCAUUGAAGUAAAGAUCCAGCCAUGGACACCAAUCAGCGUGGUUCUGGAAAGUCCUACCUGAUGCAUUAAGAGGAACAAUUGUCAUGUUAUAUGUUUUGCUAUUUGGGUAAUUAUCAAUUAUUUGCUCUUUUUCAAUCAUUAACAAAAUAGAUUAUGACAGAAUAUUGUAUUCUGAAAUAUAUGCACACCUUUAAGAAGGAAUUGGUAAUUGACAUGUGUAUCACAGGUUGGUAGGGAAAUCAUGCAUGAGUCAAAAGUGGACUCAGGGUAAUUGACUCUUCAUAUGGAAAAGUAUUAGGAUAUUUGCUGUCAUAAUACAUUAAAAUAUUUACUUAUGAAAUCCAAUAAUAUUGAAGACUAGAAUGCAAAAUGUGAAAUAGUAAUAUGAGUUUUAUAGGAGAAUGUUUUUAAAACCUUGGAGGAAGAAAGAAUUUCUAAAAUUUAUUCCAGAAAACUCACUCAAGUAUAUAUAUGUAUACCCAAGAAACAUAAUAUGUACCCAGGGAGUCAUGUACCUUAACAUUCACUGGAUCAUGAAUUAUAUUAGCAAAAUAUUAGAAACACAUAUCUGUCUCUUGUGAAAUGGUUGAAUAAAAUGAUAUAGUCACACAGUAGAAUAUUUUCUAGUAGUUAAAUAUACUUAACAAGGAAACAUCUGAAAAAGUAUGUAGAGUGAAAAAAUAAUCUGUAUAAAUUUGAAUUAAAUCACCACUAACCAACACCAGUAGUAAGCAUUGGUUAUGGAUGGAUAUUUUGAUAUAAAACUAUGAAAAAUGGAUUGCAAAGAUAUAUACUCAUUUCCCAAAAGUGGUUGUCGCCAGAAAGAAAGGUAGUGGAAGGGAAGUGGGAUCAAGCAUGGUAGUUAAAAGAGUACUUCAGUUUUGUAUCUAAACAUCCAUCCUUAAAAAGAAAUAAAAAUUCCAGGUAACCACAACAGAAUGUUAGUUAAUUCUGGGUUGUGGCAAUAUAUGUGUUUAUUUUUUUUGUUCUAUUUCUUUUAAACUUCUGAAAUUAAAAAUGAUAAAGAUAAGAGUAGGAAACCUAUAUAUGAAGUACAUAUUAAAAUGGGCUCACAUUCACUGUCAGAAGCCAAUUUUUCUGAAAUUAUGUUUUAAAUAUGAAAAAAAAUUUAAUUGUGAUGGCAGCUUAAUAGAUUCAAUUAUUUAAAUUUACUCUCACAUGUCACAUUACUGUGUGUGGUUUCUGUUCAGAAGUUAUAGCAUAAUUUUGUAACAGAUUGGUUGAAUCACAUACAUGAAAGAAUUUAAUAAUACACACACAGACCUGGUAGAGGGAAAGAAUUAAUUUUCACUGAAACAUUUAUCAGAAAGUUUUAUACCCCAUAUAACCAGUAUUGACAAUGGAAAAUAGACCAUUUUAAAAUGAGGAAACCAUGUUGCUCUUAUAUUUUUUAAUUGGCACUGAGUAAAACAUCCACUCUUAUGGUUUAGCCUCAAACUAAUAUUUUUCUCUCUUCUGCCAGACAUAAUCAAUUCCCAUUUGUUUGUUUCCAUAGAGAAAGGGGUGCAGAAAAGAGAGAUGGACCUAAACUAUUUUUUUGCAGCAAAUUUUUUUUUUUUUUUUUAGGAUUUUUGAAAUGGAUGCUCGAUCCCUUUUCACAGCAAUAUGACAGGUAGAAAUCUCCUAAUGCUCUUUGUUAAUAG